AUUUAAGGUGUGUUCAGUAUUCAAGGUUUGCCAUUUGGUUACUGCUUCAAACAGCAAGCAAGCCACACUCCUACAUCUGCAUCGAUCGAGUUAAUUAACGAACGCGGAACCAGAGAUCCAACAUGACGAAUUUGCAGCAUGUAGCUCUUUUCAUGUUCCUGAUCGUCUUGCCAGUGGGUAGGGAUGUAGUUUUGUUACUUGUUUCUCAGUGCCUUGCAUUAAGUACGUUUAAUUUAUCUGCCAAUCUGCCAAUAGUUUCGCUUUCAUGUUGACAAUGGCGAAGCUCGUAAAGAACCAGAAUUUGAUAAAUUUACGUUUUGAUGAUGACGAGUCAUCGUUGAAAACUGAUGUUUAACAACUAAUCCUGGCUCGGACGCAUAAAGCACCUUUUAAUAAGUCCUUGCCAUGGCUUUCUGUCUUAUUUGUACAAAACACCGGGCGUAUUAGAUGUCGUUAGCAUACGGAGUUGUUCCGUAGGGUGUGCGCAAGGAAUUAAGUUCUUCUGGUGCGGGUGUGUUCUAUUUACUGCAUGCAUCACUUUUUAUCUCGACUUCUUCGAAUCAUCAUAUCUGAGUUGAUUACUGUUAUCUUCCUUUUCCUGUUUUAGUAGGCAGCAGUUUCUUUGCUUUUAUUUUAUAACAGCGUGCGUCAGUACUCUUUUCUGUUUGAAGACUGCUUGCAUUACCUAUUAACGUGAAAUAGUUUCUAAAAAGUUAAGAUUCAAGACAACCGCACACUAGGAAUUUGCAUGGUGAAUGCUCGACUCAGCAGGUCCUAAAGUUUGUUUGCUUUUUUUUCCGAAUAUAACUUUUAAAAAAAACAGUUGCUAAUAUACGCAAUGGUUAGUUUUAUGAUAUCACAACUUUGUAUCCUGUUUGCUACUCUAAAACAUUACAUGUUUUUAAUAUCAUGACAAGUGCAAAAUUAUUGUCUCUUUUAAUUAUUGGUAUGUUGCAACUGCACGUUGUCUCAGGGUAGAUUUCAGUGGGUAGCUAUGACUUCAUGCAAACACAUUACAUACAUACAUACAUACUUUAUUGACUUUCCCAAGGGGCUUUUCAAAGACAAUACAUGAUCCUAUUUACAAUUAAAAAAUGUUUUAAAAUAUAUAUAAAAUUACAAUUCUUUAAGUAAUUUAGUACGUAAACGAGUUUUAAAAACAUCAAUCGAGUUACACAGUUUAAAGGAAUUGUCUAAGGAGUUCCAUAAGUUCACAGUUCUAUAGAAAAAUGUUCUCUGACCGGCAGCUGUUCUAAAAAAGGGAAUUUGUAAAAGCUGUGAAUUUCUGGUGCUACGUCGGCUAACCUCUGCUCGCUUUAUGAAUUUUGAUGUAAGGUAUUCAGGGGCUUGACCGGUCAUACAUUUAAAAGCCAUUGUAGCGCUCCGGUAAUAAAGCUGACUGGGAACUGAAAGCCAAUUUAGCUCCUUGCGAAUUGGUGUAACAUGGUCAAAUUUACGCGCGCCGCUAACAAUGCGGCAUGCGAAGUUCUGCACUGCCUGUAACUUGUUGACAUUACAUUUUGAGGUAUUUGACCAAACAUUGGAGCAAUAAAAUAACCUGCUAAAAACUAAGGAAUUAAUAAUCAUCAAAAGUGUACGUUUGUCGAAGACAUGCUUGACACGGUUUAUCUGGCCAAGGCGGGACAUGCACGAGGAAGCGGUUUUAAUUAUAUGUUCAUCGUAAGUUAAAUUAGAAUCCAAAGUCACACCAAGGUCUUUGGCGGUGUCUGUAGGGACAAUGUCCUUACCCAUAAAGGAAAGGUAACGAAAUUGGAAUUUUGCACGCAUCUGCCUGCUGCCAAAUGUCAUCAACUUGGUUUUGCCAGGGUUUAGUAACAAUUGAUUGUUGGAACACCAUUCCCCUAUUUUAAACAGGUCGUCUUCCAAAUCAGCAAUUGCAUCCAGGUUGGCUUUAAGCUCGAAGGAAGUGAUGAGUUUCGUAUCAUCUACAUAACUCUGGGUGCUGCAUUUCUGUGGGAUCAAUGGAAGAUCGUUCGUAUAUAUGCUAAAAAGAAGUGGGCCCAAGAUGCUUCCUUGAGGAACGCCACUGGUCACAGACAAAGGCUCAGAUAGCGUUGAAUAGAUUCGUACUACUUGUGACCUGUUGCUUAGGUAACUACGAAACCAUUGGAGAGUGUCACUGGAAAUUCCGACAUCUUGCAAUUUUAAAAUUAACGUGUCAUGAUUGACACUAUCAAAGGCUUUGCUCAUAUCUAAUAGUACAACUGCCGUUAACUUCUUUUUAUCGAUGGCGUUAAGAAUUGUGUCUGUUGUUUCAAUGACAGAUGUUUCACAAGAGUGCCAUCUCUUGUUACCGCUUUGAGUCUUUGAUAGGGUGUCAUUUGAUUGCAGAUACGAGGUGAGUUGAUUAUGUACUACCCUUUCGCAAACCUUCGAUAAAACUGGUAGAAGUGAGAUGGGUCUAUUGUUAUUUGCCUGUUCAUGGUCGCCCUCCUUUAGGAUGGGUGUAACCUCGGCUGUUUUCCAUUUUGAUGGAAAAACACAGUUUUGAAAGGAUGCAUUAACGAUAGACGUUAUUGGGUGAACAAUUGGAUUAAGACAGUCUUUGAUGACACGGAUCGGAAUUUUAUCUAUCCCGGGGGCCUUGUUUGAAGGCAUCGCUGCUAUUAUACGCUCUACUUGUUUAUAAUCAACGGUACUAAGUGUGAACUGGUCAGAGGAAGCGUAUUGUCUCGGCACGAAAUAAUUCUGAUUAAGUGUUAAGUUGCAUUCAUUAGCCAGGGACGUAAUUUUGUCAACAGUGCUCUGACCAACAGAUACGAAGAACUGGUUAAAUUCGUCUGCAACAGAUUUGACGCUCUUACUAAAUGUUCGCUGAGAAGUAGAUUUAUUGGGGACACACUGGCGGAUUGCUUUCCAGAUAUUAUUGGUGUUAUUUGGGUUCCUUUGGAUUUGUUCAGCAACAAAUUCUCGUUCAGCAAUUCUAAUUUCCCUCUUUACUUCCUGUCUGAAAUAUCUGUAGGCAGUCCAGGAUAGCGGGUCAUUUGUUUUCUUUGCUUUUUUUACGCCAAUCAUCCCUGGUCUUCAUCAAUCCGCGGAUGUUGUCGGUUACGCAUGGGUUUGGCUUACAGCGUGCUUUAAAGGUUUUAACUGGAGCAUGACGGUCGAGUAUCUCAGUAAACAGCGAAUCAAAUGCAUAAAUUUUAUCCUCGACAUCGUCGAAAACAUCGACUAUGGACCACGGUGCCAAUGAUACGUCGUUGCUGAAAUCAAUAGGACUGUAGUGUUUAAAACUUCUGGUAGUAAUAUAAAUGGGUUUGGAGCGCGCCUUCUUCAAUCUUAAGGUGACAUAAAUUAGCUCAUGGUCGCUGAUCGAGCUUUCCAUAACUGUAGCCGUUUGGACUUGUCUUGUAUCCGAUGCAAGGAUAACAUCUAAAAUUGAUUUCGAAGUCUCUGUAACUCGUGUUGGUGUGUUGAUCAAUAUUGACAAGUUAUAGGAACGGCAAAAAAGUUAACAAGGGCUUUAGCUCCAGGAUCGUCGCUAUUCUCAAGUCUGCAGUUCAAAUCACCUAAUAGAUAAAUUGGAACAUUAAACGACGAGGCAUAAAUAAAGUUCUCUGUAAGAUCUGAAUCGAAACAAGAUAAAGAAGUGUCCGGUGGUCUAUAGGUUGUACAGACAAGGAAGGACUUCAUGUUUCUGACGUGGAUUUUUAGCCACAGUUGAUGGAAGCCAGAGGCCGUGAUAAGAGAAAUGUCACUCAAGUACUCCGUCCUGUAAUUUCGUGAGACAUAAGCACAUACUCCACCGCCAACCCUCGCCUGUCGGUCGAUUCGGUAGAUAACAUAGCCAGGGAUUUCUAUCUCCAAAUCCGUAACUGAACUGUUGAGCCAUGUUUCGGAUACGGUAAAUAUAUCAAACUUAUUUUCCAGUACCGCAUUCUUUACAAGAACGAAAUGCUCACGACAUUUGAGCGAGCGAACAUUAAGAUGUGCGAUUUUAACAUUGCCAUUUGACUUUUCUGACUUGUCUCCACUAGAGCAGUUUGCAGGUCCAGGGUUAAGUUCCACAUCAUGUAGCAGUUGUAUAACAGGUCUAAAGGUAGAGGUUGAGUUGGCGUAGUAGGCUGUAGUAGCGCUUGCUCGUUUCACUCUCAUACUGAUAGUGACAUGCACGUGUGUCCGCCAUUUUGUACAGUGUCUCGUAUCCCAGUUUACCUCUUUAACCGACGAGGAAUGCGGGAAACAUAGACCAAAGUACUCGCUGGUAAAAGAAUAAUCUUGUUUAUCUUUCCUCAAGGUAUGAACAAGACACAAAAUAAGUACAAGUCCAAUAACUCGCGAGCUCAGAAUCGCACGUCUGCCUUCCUUCAUGAUCGCGCUCGAAGGGAGGGGACAUUGCGGAAACUAAUGAUCAAUCUGUAGCAAAGAAUUGUUAGCCUUUAUUGAUCUAGUUCUUCUUUAAUUAAUUUCCACUGCAGUGAUUUCCCGAAAAUGUUAUCAGUGUACCAGUACGCAAUCUUUCCAAGAUUGUGACGCCGGACGAUACAAAGUAAGUUGUUUUAACUCCCAGUACUGUGCCAAGGUAAGAGUCAAUGUCACCUCUGGUAGCAUCACGGGCGAGGGAUACGCUGAAGGAUGCGCUAACACCUGCUCAGCAUCAGCUGUUCCACUAUGCAACAAAACUGGAGUCAAGUGUGAAAUGAAUUGUUGCUCUUCUGACUACUGCAAUGGAGGCUCAGGUCCUAUGGUCAGCGGGAUUCUUUUAAUUGCCACCUUCACUGCCAGCAUUAUGUAUCUGUUUGGAUGUUAAUGAAAACACUAAUAAGCCAAACUUUCUGAAGAUCACAACUAAUUAUGUUAUAGAAGUAGUUAUUACCUUUUUCUGAGAGUAAGUUAAAACUGCACAUGUAUAAAUAGCUUUACAAUUGAGAAAUAAAAAAUCUGCACGUGUAAUUGCUUAGGGGGC